GAGGAAAAAGUAUUCAAAAGUUUUACAACGUUACUCCCAAGAUUACUUUUAUAUAUACAAGAUAAAUAUGUUUAUAUAUAAAAUAUGUUUAUAUAUAUGUUUAUAUAUACAUGAUGAACUGUACUUGCUAAGAAUCCUAAUCAUAUGGCUUUUGGACUAGUCAUGAAUCACAAUAUUGGGCUUUGUGUGUAUGUUGUAGUAGGAGCUCGCUCAAAAAUGUACAAGUACUUUGUCUGCAUAUUCCACAUUUACUCUUUGUAUUGUCGUUUCUUGCAAUCCAAAAAAAUAAUCAAACGUCGACAGAGUAUUUCUUGCCAUGCAAACUACAUAUAUACGGAGUUGUUCUAGGUACGGAGGUUAACACGAAAGCCUAAAUCGAAACUAGCUUCAGGUUGGAUUCUCUUGCCCUAAGUCCCUAAGUCACUUUGAGAAAAGAGAUCUGGUAGUGAUUCACUCAUGCGUUGAUCCAUUAAGACGAGAAACUUGUUAGAUGCCAUGAUGGAUCAACGCGUCUUAAUGGAUCUAACAAGUUAAUGAUAAAAAUUAAGUUAACAUAAUAUAUAUCUAUAUAUAGAUAUAUAUAUAUAUAAUUUUGUUUUAACAUAUGAUUUGUGAAAGUGGUUUUAUUAAAUUUUAUUUUGGAAAUAUUUGAAACUAUAUAAUGUAAGAUGUCAUUGUACAAUAUGUUUAAUGAUAUUAUUAUAUAGUUGAUGUAUGGAAUAUGGAAUAUUACUUUAUCUUUCAUAUGAUUGUGAUUUAGUGACUUUAAUAUCCACACACAACAAAUAAUUGUGAUCCCACGAUAUUAGGAGAUUUUAUUAAUUUUUCAUAGUAACACAAAAAGAUGAAUGGGUUGUUAGAGUUAUUAAUUGUGUAUAAUUAGUGUCAUUAAUUUAGGACCAAAAAAAUUAAUUCUAAUGAAAUAGUCCAACAACCUUUCAUAACUAGAUUUUUUCAGAAUAUUUUUCUUUUAAUAGUAUAGAUGUAUCUAUUGAUUCACCCAAAAAGGUCUACAUAACUUUUUUUUAUGAUCAAGGUCUACAUAACUUUAUAAUAUGAUAAUCUACGCACAAUUUGUACUUUAACAUGUCUUAUAAAUAGAGAAGCUCAGUUCCAAGUUCUCACGUUUCAGUGUCCUUGAAACUUUUCAAACUCAGUCCCAAGUUCUCACCGCAUUGACCUCCAAAAGCUCUCUUCGAAUAUGUUAGUCCACGUAAACGGGAAUCUGUUUUCGCAUCUGAGAGUACCUCCAAUGAAAUUUCUUCCCACUGGAGUUCUUAAUAUAUGUGUCAUAUAUAUAUAUAUGUAUAUAUUAUAUUUGAAUAAUAAUUGUGGGGUCUAUAAUUUUUGUGGAACAUCAUAGAUAAGGGUUUUUAAAAGAAGGUUUUAAGAAUUUUUAAAAAUUCUUAUUUAUAAGGUUACACAAUAAUUGUUAUUGUCUGAGUUGUCUGAUGACGUCAAUGAACUAUCAACUGAACUCCUAGUCGGUUCAAUCCCUCGGUAUUAAGAUUUCUUGGCUCUUAAUAAACAUUCCUUUUCCUCUCUCUUCCUCUUCGUCAUCAUCUCUGGUUGAGUCAGUGACUUAGUCCCAGAAAAAGGUAGAACUGAGACAGCUUCUGUUAACCAUUGAUGCUACUCCAUAUAAGGUUGAAUCCAGUGGCGGAGCCACUUAGGUGUGAAGGGGGUCAGUUGACCCAUGUGAAAUAUAUAAAUUAUGAACUUUAGGCUUAGUUUAUAUGUAAUUGUUGUGGUGAGAUGAUUAAAUUUUCUUUCUUGACCCCUAUGUUCUGAGUUCAAGUCUUAUGCACAUCUCUUUCUAUUUUUAAUAAUUUAAUUAUGACCUAUGUAAAACAAAUUUCUCCCUCCGCCACUGGUUGAAUCUCGGAUAUGAAGAUUUGUAACUGUUUUCAAUCUGGUUUCAAAAAGAAAAUACUAUGUUUCUUUGUUUCUCCAAUUUGUGAGAAUUGAUAGAUCAAGUAUUUAAGCUUCCAUACAUUAAGUGUUAGGCUAAUGCUGGUAGUGGUAGUAGUAGUAGUAGUAGUAUACAUACUUCACAAUUCAUACAGACCAUGUACAGCUGACGUGGACAGAAAAAGUUCGCAUAUUGCCACGUGAUUGUAUUGCAUAGUGGUAUGUAUUUUUUUUUUUUUUUUUGAUCAAGUGGUAUGUAUUUUUUCUAAACGAAUAUUCCUAGGAAAAAAACUUCCACAAUUUAAUAAUAAAACCAUCUGACGUGGCAAAUAAAGUUAUGAAAUCUUUUGAGUGGCACAGAAAGAGAUAACAAAAAGAGACGUGAUUAAAGAUUGCAAAAGUUCACUUUAUUGCCAACAAACAUGUGGCUCUCUCAUCUCUACAGGUCCCUUUCUCUCCUGAUGUGUCAUCUUCCCCACUUUUUUCUCUCUGUGUGGCUCUGUUUGAUCCAUUCAUACCAACCCCAUACUUCUUAUAUACUCUUGUCUCUCAUCUGCGUUUAAAGAAUAAACACAAUACCAUCAUCUCUCCUUCACUUUCUUCUUUCUUGUGUACCGUACUUGCAACGUUUGGUAUGUCUGAACUUAUAGAUACCCCGGUCAAAUUGUUUGGUUGGACAAUCACAUCUUCUUUGUCCCUGACGAACAAUCAAUCUGCUACUGACAACAUUGAACAAGCCAGUACAAGUCUUCAGAGAUCAUCUGAUCUCACCGAGGAGUCAAAAGAAACAUCUGAGAACAGCGAGAUCACAACAACAACAACUACAUCGGAAGAGAAAACAACUGAUGACUUGAAGAAACCAGACAAGAUUCUUCCAUGUCCACGAUGCAACAGCUCGGACACCAAGUUCUGUUACUACAACAACUACAACGUUAGCCAGCCACGUCACUUCUGCAGAAGCUGCCAGAGGUAUUGGACUUCCGGUGGAACCAUGAGGAUCGUCCCAGUUGGUUCAGGCCGUCGUAAGAACAAGGGAUGGGUUUCUACACACCAUUACAUGCACACGGAGAAUACUAGAUCCUCGGAGAAAAUUCUUAGCUUCGACUCUUCGGGCGAAGAGUCAUUGGUUACUGAGAAUGGUAAGAAUCAAUCAAGCGACUCUGUUUCAAGAGAUUUCAACAACUUCCAAAGAUUUCUUCCUCCGCAAGUAACAUCCUCUGUUUCGCCUCCUUGGCCUUACCCUGCUUUCUACCACAUCCCUGUCUACUGGGGCUGCACGGUACCAUUUUGGUCUACUCUACAGACUUCUACGUGUCUAGGGAAAAGGACAAGAGACGAAGCUUCACAUGUAAGUGUUGGAGAGAACGAAGACACUUCUGUAAGAGCAAGACUGGAUUCACAAUCUCGAAGUAAUAAUGAUGAAGCAAACGUAGCUACGAAGAAUCGUGUGUUUUAUCCAGUACCGAUGAAACGCGAGAAGACACAGCAGUUCAAUUUAUUCGUAAAUGAGUCUGAAACAAAGAGCGGCAACAAUAGAUUCGUUCCUGAAACGUAUCUAAACCUGCAAGCAAACCCUGCAGCCAUGUCAAGAUCUAUGAACUUCAGGGAGAGCAUGUAACGUUAAAGAGAUUAGAGUAUAGAAUAAUCGUUCGUGUGUUUAUUCAUGAAGAGAGAUUUAGUAGUGUAUUGAUUGCUACCUUGUAGAGGAAGGAAAAAACUGUAGGUAUUUUUGUUUUGUGGUUAAGGAGCGCUGCAUAUAACUUUUGAUAUAUAAUCUUAUUUAUUUGCUACGGUCA